CUCUCAUCCGGCCGCAGCUCCAUCGAUGCGCCAAGAUGACGCACAUCUCCGCUCUCUUGGCUCUCACUGUGACAUCAGCCCUCCUGGUCUGCACGGCCGCGCAAGCCUCCAUCCACUGCAGCUGGAGCAAAGUUUCUUCCGACGGCCGACUGCACGUCAGCUUCCUGCGGGGGGAUCCGCGCGGCAGCGCCGCGGCGCCGCGCCUGUACCAUGGCGUCUGGUCCGGGCAGCGCGCCCUGCUCGGCUGCACCUGGAGCGAUGACGCAGCGCUGACCCAGAGCUACCUGUCUGAGUGCCGGGGCCGCGCGUGGGGAUUCGACGACCGCGCGGGGGAAGCGUUGGGUCUGGAGUCCUUGUUUGACGCGGGUCGGUGCGUCUCUCUGGCCUCUGCGAGCCUCGCUAAUCUCCCGGAGCGCACAGCGGGGAGACACGUGAGGAGCCUCGGGGGUCAAGGCGAAGAUGAAAGGUCAGGGGUUAGGAUACAUGCGCGUGUGAAGCGCGGCUUUAUCGUCCCCGGGACUCUGUGGUGCGGCUCUGGCAACAAAGCGCCGUCAUACGCAGAUUUGGGUGUUUUUUCAGACACAGACAGCUGCUGCAGGGAGCAUGACCAGUGCAAACACACCAUCCUGUCCUUCCAGUCCGACUUUGGUGUCUUCAACAGCAACAUCUUCACCAUGUCCCACUGCGACUGCGACAACAAGUUUCGCAGCUGCUUGAUGGAGGCGAACGACAGCAUAGCUGACGUGGUGGGCUACACCUUCUUCAACCUGCUCAAGAUGCACUGCUUUACCUUUUCUCACCGGCUCCAGUGCGAGAGGAACUGGUUCGGCAUGUGUAAAAAGACUCAGAUGGCGCUGUACGCCGACGUCCACUCGCCCGCGCUGUACGAGUCCAGUGAGUCCAAAGAGGGCUGCAUCAACGGCUCCUGCUCCGACGUCAACUCCACCGCACCCGCACGACUCCAAACAAACGCGUCACGUCCACACCUGCUGUCCUCCACCGCUGCCACGGAAACGCUGUCCUCAGCCUCAGUCACUCCCUCCGUUACCGGAGCGACCGAUGCUUCGAACUCCACAGACGCAGAGGCGUCAGCAUUGACCGUGAGGAGAGAUGACCCGGGGAACGUUUUACCCUUCACGCCGCUCACUGCGGUUCGGCAGCACAACGCAGUUACAGAGGAAGACAGGUCUUGCCUUCUGUACAAAGAACUUGAUGAGUGUAAGAACAAGAUCCUUCCGCAGCAGAGGAAAUAUGGCCUCCUCAACACAGCAGGAACGCUUUAUCACUGCAACUGCACCGCCAGACUGUUCCACACUCUGACUCAACAGAGACGACUGAGCAACGUGGAGACUCUUCUGAUUGGACAUGUGUCUCAGUCCUGCUUCCUGCAGGACUGCACGUCAAGCAGCAACUGCACUGCGACGUUGGUGACAGCAGCACUUCCUCGGCUGGACCCAGCUGGUGUUGAAAGGGCGGAGCGGCGCCACCUACAGGCAGAGAGGCGGAAGGGCAGGAGGCCGGGCGGGACGAAAGCAAAGAGGAAAGACCGAGCCGUGAGACUUUACAAGCUGUGUGUGAGAAUGACUCGACCCAGACAAUCCGGGAGGAACAAAAAACAAGUCCAAAGCACAGAACCGCCUAAUGUCACAGGAACAGAGGUCAACUGAACGGCCAGUAGCAGGGAGGACAAAAGACAUUGUGGAAUAAGUGAUUAAACAUGGUUUUAUAGGACUUUAUUCAAACAAAGAAACAUAUUUCAAUUAUUUUACGUUUUUCCCCUCAAUGAAAGAUUUUUUUUUUAAAGAACGUUUAAAAAAAACUUUAAUAAUUCAGCAAAAGUAAG